AUGUCCGCUGUACGAUUCACCCGCGCUGCCACGCGCGCCACUGCGCAGCUCCGCGCUCCCCUCCAGCGUCGAUUUGCCAGCACCGCCGAGAACGAGUUCAUCAAGGAGCGUCAGCACAUCAAGGAGCACGCUGCCGGUACCACUGGUGAGUCGACACCCGACGACGCAGAAUUGGGUCAAUUGGAAGCUUUGGACGUGGUUGCUGACGAUGGACAGAGCUGUGGAAGAAGAUCUCCCUUUAAUCGAAGUGGUGUCGCUCCCUGCCUCAUCGCCGCCGGUGCCAACGCCUACUGGCUCUGGAACGAGCAUUGGGACCACUGGAGCCACAUGCCUCCUCUGGAGGAGCGCACCGAGUACCCUUACCAGAACAUCCGCACCAAGAACUACCAGUGGGGUAACGGUGACAAGACUCUCUUCUGGAACGACGAGGUCAACUUCCACAACAAGGACAAGGCUUCCUAA